CAGUCUUGUACCCAUUUCACUACCACAUAGAGUAACAACAUUCUUUAUUUACGUCGUAAACGCAAGCGACUACGAUCACUUUGCCUAUUUAAUAAACUAUUGUAGAUGUUGAAUAGGUUCUUUAAUUGUUUUGUUAAACUGGAGACUGUAUGAAGACUAAUCGUACAGUGGUAGUUUCAGAAUAUGAGAACCUCAACCAUGCGUUGGAAAGAUAAACAACGGGAUACCAUUCAAGCUCUAAACUAUUUAUGUCGUGUAACAGAAGCUAAAAAUUGGAUUGAAGAAUGCCUAGAUGCCGAUUUGGGACCCAUUUCUAAUUUCGAACAGUCUUUGCGAAACGGCGUCGUACUGGCAAAGUUGGUUUUACGGUUUCAACCGUUUAGACGCUUCCGAGUGUUUGAAUCUGAUGAGCUACAGUUUCGUCACUCAGACAACAUCAAUAAAUUUCUUGGUUUCAUAGCCGACAUAAACCUUCCUGAGAUAUUUCAUUUUGAGCUCACUGAUAUUUAUGAAGGAAAGAAUCUACCGAAGGUUAUAUAUUGUAUUCAUGCUCUUUCAUUCUUUUUAUCAAUGCAAAACUUAGCUCCUCCCUUGGUACGGAUAAACGAGGAUUUGAACUUCGCCGAUGAUGAUGUUGCCCAGAUUGUCCGAAGACUGCAACAAUCAAAUGCAACGCUACCAAACUUCACUGCUUUGAAUAGUGAUUUUAUGCUACGUGCUAGUCCUUCGCUCUCCCCUUCCCACCACGCUACUAGCUCUCCCAAGCAUGCACGUACUCGGUCUCAAGACUUAUCCGACUCAGGAUCUGCCUUUUCUUCCCCUUUAACAUCUCCAUAUAAGCUAAAGGAAGAAGAGGCACGAAGUCCGAUUUCCUCACCUUCUUCUCAUAGAAGAACUAAAUCCUCUCUCCCUUCAUUAAACAGCUUUCAGUCAAACGCUUCUCCUUCAUCUUUUCCAAAACUUAACGGAUUUGAAGAUCCAUUUUUUCAACCGCCGCCACCUUCGUCUUUACGUGAUUCUCCAAGUCCUUCUUUUUUUACGACAUUUUCUCCUACUCGACGACGAGAAGUUCUUUUCUCACAUUACAAUCCUUACCACCAAAUAGAACGUACACCCAUUCCAGAUCAUGUUUUAAAUGGCGUUCAAGCUUGCUGCCGUGGUGUGAUAGCAAGAGUCAAGCUUGUAGACGUAUUGCAAUCCUUAGCAGAACAAAGCACUCAUGUUGAAACUUUUCAGGCUAUGGUAAGAGGAUAUUUAUCUCGGUCAACGUACAAGAUUAAUGAGAGUGCGUAUGAGGAAAUGGUUAGGUGGACCCUAAUGCUAUACCGACUAUUCAAACCGGAAACUAUGCCGGGAUGCAAUAUGCCAGUACUUCGAAAUGAAAGUUUGCUUUCAGUCCCAAAACUACAAGCUGUUAUUCGUGCAGGGUUUUACCGGAGAAGCCAUUCUUCUAUCUUGGAAAGUUUAAAGGAUAAUACCGCUUCCUUUACUUUAAUUCAAUCAAGUGCCCAUGGUUACUUGACCCGCCAUAAUAUUGUCAAUAUGCUAGACGAUCUUUAUCAUUACAUACCUUCAUUUAUUCAAUUCCAAAGCCUUUUGCGUGGUGCUUUGUUUCGCAAUCGUUCAAAUCGCAUUUCAAGAGAACUGAAUUCAUUCCCUGCUUCGUUCCAUGCUAUAUGUAGAGGGUUUUCCACAAGAAGGAAGUUUCAUAACUUAAGGUCUUCUUUAUAUUCCCACUCUUCUUCUUUUACCAUUUUGUCAACUUUAUCGAGAGGAUACUUACUGCGCAAUAUUUAUAAAACACGCUUGAAGCAAUUACAAUGCUUAUCAACUUCAUUAGUUCCGUUACAAUCACUUUGUCGAGGCUUGUUGUCACAACGGUCACAGUUGACCUUACUAGAGGAGCUAUAUUCUCGUUCAGCUUCUUUUACUACAUUGCAAUCUUACAUUCGAGGAAUCCUAACAAGGAUUUCUGUUGCAAAACUAAACAUAUAUCUUGUCAAACAUUCUAGGGAUAUCCUUUCCAUACAAUCUGCUGUAAGGGCUGUUUUACUUCGAGACGAUGUGAACUUCAUUGAGAUCCAGUUAGAAUCUUGCCAAGACGAGAUCUUAGCUUUACAGUCCACCAUUAGAGGCUGCUUGGCAAGAAGUAACUUUACGAGGAAAUUACAAAGCUUUCAUCAGAAAAUGGAAAAUCCGAUAAUGGCGAAAUCUGUCUAUCGUGGUCGUCAGGAGGGUCUUGCAUAUCGUGAACUAGCUACCGCUAGGAAUCCCCCCGUUAUGACGGUGAAAAACUUCGUUCAUUUACUGGAUGACAACAAUUUUGACUUUGAAGAAGAUAUCUGCAUUGAAAAUAUGCGCAAAGAAAUUGUGAAAUUCGUCCGCGAAAAUGAAACAAUUGAAGAACACAUUAGUGAAUUAGAUGUCAAGAUUGCACUUUUAGUAAAGAACAAAAUCAGUCUUGACGAUGUUUUAAAGCACCACAAUAAGUAUAAACCAGGAAAACAGGUAUCUGACUACAUUGCUAAUUCCCGUUCUAUGAAAACACUUAACAAUUCCAGCAGACGUUACCUUGAUCUGGUCCAAUGCUUUUUUUACGUGUUGCAAACUAACGAAAUCUAUAUCACAAAUUAUUUACAUCUUAUAAAGAGAAGUAAUCCUGAUUUCGCGCAAUUGAGGCAUAUUACGUAUUUAAUUUUACAGAUCUUUGGUUACGCAUCAAACAGACGCGAGGAAGUCUUGUUUUUAAGAUUGAUGACAAACGUAUUAAACAUGGAAGUUAGUCAAGCUGAAACUAACGAAGACCUUCUAAACAACGAGUCUAUAUGGAAAGUUUUGCUGAUGGGCCUGUUGGGAAAUAUUAGGGAUGCCAAGCUCUGGAAAUCAAUGCUCAGCCGCAUGCAUAAAAUAUUAGUCUACGAUGAAAGAAUGGAUUUCGAAAUAAAUCCUGUAGCAUUGCUGAAACAAUUUGAACCAAAUCGCAGGGAUCUUUCAGAAAACCCCAAGGUUGCUUUAAAUGUCGCUAUGCAACACUCUCCAACUAGGAACCUUUAUGUGGGUCGAUUGCGAGAACUAAGGAAAUUAUGUCAGUCAUUUAUAGUCGCAUUAUCUAGGAACAUCGAAAGCUUUCCUUAUUCACUUUGCUACGUUGCCUCUCAGCUGAAGUUAUCUUUAGAAUCGAAUUUUCCUUCAGCUAGCAAGGAAUGGGUCUUUGGUAUUAUAGGACGCUUCGUUUUCGAUAAUUACAUCAAGCCUCUGUUAAUUUCACCGGAUAAUUAUAAAUUGGUGGAAGGCCAUAUAAACGCUCUACAAAGAAAAAAUCUCAAUUGCUUCUCAGAUAUUCUAUCGGAAAUAUUCAGUGUAGAACCUCGUGACUCACGACAACUAGGCUUCUUAAGACCUUUAUCAGAGUUUAUUGAAGUAUCAAAACAAGAUAUUGUAAUCUUUCUGGAGCAUUUAACUGAUGUCGUUGAUCCAGAAACUUAUUUCGAAUUUGAUGGGUUUGAAGAUAUUGUAAGCACCAGACGACCCGUUAUUUAUAUGAAACGAGACGACAUCCUUAAUAUAUAUACACAAAUAUCACGCGCUUCAGAUUUGAUUGCUACUGAUUCACCAAAUGAUCCGCUACGAGCCGUGAUAAAUGAGAUGGGAUCGACAUCACCAAAAGAUUAUGAAUUUUUGGAGAGUGAAACUGAUGUUAAAUUAGAGUUAAGUCCGCGCUUUUGCACCGUAGAGGACCCUGUUGCUGAAGAAAGAUCACUAAUAGUGCAAACCAAGCGUUAUAUAUUCUUUAUUAUUAGAGUGCAAAACGGAUCUAGCCUAAUGGAUAUUUUAGUGAAGCCUGUCACCGAUGAAAAUGAGGAAACUUGGCGUGAACUUUUGGCCGUAGAAGCGGAAAGAAACCAAAAGUUCGAAGCGUUUGACGAUACACUAUCUUCUAUUUCUUUUGCCGAAUUGAAAUACUUGGCAUUAACUAAUGUCUUAGAAUUAGAGAAUCUCGGGUUUGCAAGUCGAUCUAAUAAUUAUCAAGACAUUGUUAACUCCAUUGCUCUCGAUAUCCGUAAUAAAUCAAAGCGUCGACUUCAACGGCAACGUGAACUAGAUUUUGGUCGUCAAAGCUUGCUGAGCUUGAAGGAUAAACGGGCUUUUCUGGAUUCACAACUGAAAAGUUAUAACGAAUAUAUCGAGCAAGCUAUGGAAACUCUUCAAUCCAAGAAAGGAAAGAAAAAACUUAUACCUUUCUCAAAACAGUAUUUUCACAUGCGUGAAUUGAGAAAAUCUGGUAAAGUUCCUCGAUUCGGAUCAUUCAAGUAUACUGCCACGAAACUCUAUGACCGAGGUAUUCUAGUUUCUAUGUCUCACUUGCCUCACUAUGAUAAAUUGUAUAUCACUAUAUCUGCGGACGAAGUUGGAAAAUUCACUUUGGAAGCUAGUAGCAAUGCGGUCAAAGUUACCAGCCCUAGAUGUGAUCUUCAACUGGAUGAUCUUCUUUCAGCUCAAUAUAAUAAAGUACUUACUAUAGACGUUUUGGAAGGAAGGCUAAAGUUCAACACGAAUAUGUUCUUGCAUCUGAUUUUUUCUCGGUUUUACUCUUGAUGUUUACACGAAAGAUCUUAAUAGUAUCGACGCAUAUAAUUAUCGGACUUUUGGUAGAUGCUCCUAAAAUUAUCUACUCAAAUUUUGAAGCAUACAGAAAUUUCAUGGCUUAUUUAUGGUUCAACUUAUACUUCUCAUGUAUAUACAAACAUACGUACUCACUCUUUUAUUUACAAUAGCAUCUAAGUUUUUAUAAGAUUCAAUAUAAUACAAAUUGACUUUCUAGUUU